CAUCGCGAAUCCCAACACGCUACAGCUUCACCACCAAAUCUCCUGCCCGAACCCCAUAACCACUUGAGCCCUCCGUACCCUCGAAUCGAUAUAAUACCACCUCGCGACGCGUAUAAUGUCGGGCGCACGACACUGGGAACAAGACAAGGAGGCGACUGUCUACAUUGGCAACCUUGACGAACGAGUUACGGAUGCGCUGGUUUGGGAGCUUAUGCUACAGGCGGGACGAAUAGUCAACGUACAUCUUCCCAAGGACCGAGUCACGCAAACACAUCAGGGCUUUGGCUUCGUGGAAUUCAUCUCGGAAGAGGAUGCGGAAUAUGCGGCCAGGAUUAUGAAUCAGGUGCGGCUGUACGGAAAGCCGAUUCGAGUGAAUAAGGCGUCGGCGGACAAGCAGAAGACGGUAGAGGUGGGUGCAGAGUUGUUUGUAGGCAAUCUGGACAGUAUGGUGGACGAAAAGACGCUUUACGAUACCUUCAGCACGUUUGGAAGUUUGAUUUCAGCGCCUAAGAUCGCACGCGACGAAGGCGGUAUCUCCAAGGGUUUCGGCUUCAUAUCAUACGAUUCCUUCGAGGCCUCCGACAAAGCGAUUGAGAGCAUGGACAAGCAGUUCCUGAUGAACAAAGAGAUCAACGUGCAGUAUGCGUACAAAAAGGACGGCAAGGGCGAGCGCCACGGAGACCAGGCCGAACGUCUCCUAGCAGCCCAAGCGCGGAAACACAACAUCUCAAUGCCUAGUGCACAGCUUCCGCCAGCGCUGUUCGCGCCACAAGGACCUGCCGCCGGCGCACCCCAGACUCCCUCGAUGCCGAAUGGACCCGGCGGAUUCAGAGCCCCUCCUCCGCAGGCUCCUCGUCAACCCAAUGGCAUGAACAUGGGAAUGGGCGGUCACGAUCAGCAUCACCAACAACAGCAGCAGCAACAGCAGCAACAGCAGCAACAACCUUACCAUCACACUCCAGCACCACCGAGAGGUCCCCCACAGGGUCUCCCCCAAGGAUUCCAGCAAAGCCAGCUCGCACCGCCGCCACAGGGUCUUCCCCCUCGACCUCCUCCGCCAGUCGGAUUCCAGCAACAACAGCAACAGCAGCAGCAGCAGCAGUUACCACAAGGAUAUCCGCAAGCAAUGUCGGGCAUGGCACCUCCGGGCUUUGGACCGCCGCCCGGAGCUCCCCCGCCAGGAUUCGGACGACAGCCUAUGCCGCAGGGAUUCCAGCAGAUGGGCGUUCCUCCCCCCGGCUAUGCUCCACAAGGAAUUCCGCCCCAAGGCUACCCGGGUGCGCCGCCUCCACCGGCAGGAUUUGCGCAGAGGAGGUAGGUUCGUUAGCGGUGGAGUGGGCGUGGAGCGUGGAGAGGAGAGCGCUGUGUAUCAUAAUGAGAACCGUCGAGACUUUUCUGUACUUUAGCGAGAAUUGGGGGUACAUUCAUUCUGUAUAGAGUACCAUAGGUACUCGGGUGCUCUGGUG